AUGAACGCCACGAAGCUCGAGCUCUAUGACCAUCACUCCGGGAGCAAUGGCCACGUCCACGUGUCGUCUGCUCUGGGAUCGCUGGCCACUCUGGGGGCGUCGUCCAACACUCCAUCAGACUCUGACUCGGGCAUAGAUGACGACCGGGAUGGCUCCAGAAAGCGCAAGAGACCUAUGAAUGUCACCUGCGAAGCCUGCAAGCAACGAAAAGUAAAAUGCGACCGUGCCCAGCCUGCCUGUGGGUGGUGUUCUCGCAAUGAACUCCCCUGUGAAUACAAAGAGCGGAAGAAGCCCGGCCUGCGUGCCGGUUAUGGUAGAGAGCUCGAGGGGAGACUAGACCGGCUUGAAGCACUGUUGAAUGAACAAGGUCGCCAGUUGGCCGCCCAUCUUGCAGAAUCAUGCACCAUUGACACCCGGGUCAGCUCUGCCAGCAACAGCCAUGGUGUACAAGGCUUAGGUGCCGACGUCGCUGGGGUGCGGGCGUCGUACGAUGCGCAGGGCAUCAAUGUCGCCGGAGAGCUCCAGCAACAGAUUAUCGACCCCAACCUGCAUGCCUCCACCUCCCGACAUGGCUCGCUACAGUAUCAGCAGGGAGCUCCAGACCAGCAAAUGGUGCAGCAGAGCCACUACACUCCGUCCGCUCAGUCACAUACACUGACCUCACCUCAUUCCACGACGGGAUAUCAAGCCGCCCAGAUGUAUAAUGAGUACUCGGCGAUGCUCCCUCCGUAUGACCUCCUCUAUGCCUUGGUGGAUCUCUAUUUCAAACACAUCAACAUAUGGUUGCCAUUGCUGGAUCGAAAAACCACCCUAGACACAUUGUUUGGGGCGUCCACUCUGGACGAAGCCGACAGGGUGCUUCUGCAUGCCAUUGUGGCAACAACACUGCGCUUCUCGCAGGACCCUCGAUUGACCCCGGAAGGCCGCCAGCACUAUCAUGAUACUUCCAAGCAGCGUGUCCAGUUGUUCGGACUGGAAAAUUCAAAUGUGCGGGCUCUGCAAGCACUGGUCAUCCUGGCCUUGGAUGUGACAGGGUCGACAAAUGGUCCGCCGGCAUGGAAUCUCCUUGCACUGAUUAGCAGAAGCAUGGUCCAACUGGGACUUGCGGCGGAGGCGGGCUCUACACUUGCCUCACCCAUGUAUCCCUCGAUCGCAACUCUCAGGGCCUCUGUUCUGCCGGAGCCCAAAACGUGGAUUGAGGAUGAAGAGCGACGCAGGCUCUUCUGGGCAGUUUUCCUGCUUGACCGAUACGCCACCAUCGCGACGGCAUUCGAAUUCGCGCUGGACGAAAAAGAGGUUGACCGGCGUCUGCCUUGCAGAGACGACCUCUUUGCAGCGAACAAGCCGGUGGAAACGAGGUGGUUUCGGCCGCCAGAGCGCCCUCGAUAUGCCACGGGGAUGGCGGACACCCAUGGACAUUUCUCCUAUCACUGUGAGCUCAUCGCUAUUCUGGGUCACAUCCACCAAUUUCUGAAACGGCCCGUGGACAUUGGCUCGUUGAGCGACGUGGAGCAGUGGCAAGGCUCGUACCGAGCCCUCGACAGCGAUCUAAACGCGUGGCACUUCAGCCUGCCCGACGAAUUCGCCAACAUCACUCGGCUUCUAAAAUCCAACGUGCCGGCUAAAAAUACAAAUUGUGGCUGGAUCAUGCUACAUGCAGCCUAUUGUCUGACGGUCAUUCGCUUGAACUCGUCGGCGGCGUAUCCUGCUCAGAGUUCGCCGAUCUUCUCCUCGUCCUACAGCGCCAUGCAACGGUGUUUAUCCGCCGUCGAGAACAUGCGUCAGCUCUGUCGGUUCGUGAAGCUCAGUGGCCUACUGGAUCGCCUCGGGCCCCCAUUCGCCUUCGCCAUCUGGGUCGGAGCGCGGGUCAUGUUGGUGCACGGAUCGACCAUGGAUCACGAAGUGGACCCCGACAUUGACUUCUUCGUGACGACCCUCGCUGAGAUGGGGGAGAAUUGGCUUGUUGCGAAACGGUACAGUGAAAUCCUGAGCCGGGUUCUAGGUGAAUAUCGUCAGUCCCAGCGAACCAGUGGGGUGACGGGGGAGAGGGUGACUCCGUCCACGGUGAAAAUCCUGGCCGAUAUGCGCCGAUGUGCCUACGAUCUCGACUUUCUCAUCUCGCGCCAGCCACAUGCUGCGGCCGUGAAAUCAUACCACCCAACACGAGCAAACACCCCGGCCCCCAACGAACUCGAGUACCUGGACGUUUUUGACCUUUUCAACUUCCCCCGAGUCCCCAUGACUCAAGAGGGGGUGGACGGUGGAAAUCCACAGGGCAUGGGCCAGGCUGCGCCUCCGGAUCUUGCGGCGAUGACUCCUGGGAUGAUCCCGAACUUUGCAGUCCCCAAUCCAGAAGCUGAUUGGCUCUUCCAUACAAGUUAA